AACAGGAAUAGUGAACGGAAGGAAGAGGAAAGCAACGAUUACCUUACUAUUCAAGAAGUAGAAGAGAUCGUGAAAAAGCAUGGCUGGAAUUUUAAGUUGUUCUCUCCAGAAUAUAGCCUUGACAUCACUGAAUGUUUUAAUUCCACUUCCGAGGCUGGUAAACAUUUGCUCGACUGUCUUGCCUGCUUUUCAAAUGUCAAAGAUGAAGUUGAUUCUGAUCCUAAGAAGCUUUUUAACUUCUUACAGGAGUCGCAGUCGAUAAGCGAGAAUGAACAUUUGCUGAAAGGAAGGCAUGGUACUCUUGUAAUUUAUAAACAAGAAUAA